CGCCACAGCCCGCGCCCCACCGAGCCCGGCCCGCCCUGUGGUCUAUGGGGCCGCCCCUCUGCGCCGCCCGGCCGGCCCCACGCCGCGCCCGGAGCCCGCCCUGCGGCCAGCCCCUUCCCGCGGCAGAAGACGCGGGUCUCGAGUCCCGCAGGCUGCUCUGAGCCCGCCUGAGAGAGUCCCGGCGGAGAUGGCGGCCCCCUAUCCCAGCAGUGGCGGCAGAGGCGAGGUCAAAUGCGGGGCAGGUCGUGGUGGCAGCGUCCCGUGGGACUUUCUGCCGGGGCUUAUGGUCAAGGCCCCGCCUGGACCCUGCUUGCAGGCGCAGCGCAAAGAGAAGUCCCGUAACGCCGCGCGCUCGCGCCGUGGAAAGGAGAACCUGGAGUUCUUUGAGCUGGCCAAGCUGCUCCCGCUGCCAGGAGCCAUCUCGAGCCAGCUGGACAAGGCGUCCAUCGUGCGGCUCAGCGUCACCUACCUCCGCCUGCGCCGCUUCGCCGCAUUGGGGGCGCCGCCCUGGGGGCUGCGGGCCGCCAGGCCCCCGGCCGGCCUCGCCCCAGGUCACAGGGGCCCUGUGGCGCAGGUUUCCGAAGUCUUUGAGCAGCACCUGGGAGGACACAUCUUGCAGUCCCUGGAUGGCUUCGUAUUUGCCUUGAACCAGGAAGGGAAGUUUCUCUACAUCUCAGAGACUGUCUCCAUUUAUCUGGGUCUCUCACAGGUGGAGCUGACGGGCAGCAGCGUCUUCGACUACAUCCAUCCUGGGGACCACUCUGAAGUGCUGGAGCAACUGGGGCUGCGGGCCAGGACCCCCGGGCCUCCCACCCCGCCCUCCGUCCCUUCCUCAUCAUCCUCUUCCUCAUCUUCCUCCUCGCUUGUGGAUACCUCUGAGAUAGAGACCAGCCCCACCGAGGUAACCCCCUCCUCCAGGGCCCAGGAGCUCUCCUUCUUCAUCCGCAUGAAAUCCACCCUCACCAAGCGGGGACUGCAUGUCAAGGCCUCUGGAUACAAGGUUAUCCACGUGACUGGUCGCCUUCGGGCCCGCGCUCUGGGCCUCGUGGCCCUCGGCCACACGUUGCCCCCAGCCCCACUGGCUGAGUUUCCACUACACGGACACAUGAUAGUCUUCCGUCUCAGCCUGGGUCUCACCAUCCUUGCUUGUGAGAGCAGAGUCAGCGACCACAUGGACCUGGGGCCCUCAGAGCUUGUGGGCCGCAGUUGCUACCAGUUUGUCCACGGACAGGAUGCAACCAGGAUCCGCCAAAGCCACCUGGACUUGCUGGACAAAGGACAGGUGAUGACUGGGUACUACCGGUGGCUGCAGCGUGCUGGGGGCUUUGUGUGGCUGCAGUCUGUGGCCACCGUGGCUGUGAGUGGGAAGAGCCCUGGGGAGCGCCACGUGCUCUGGGUCAGCUACGUGCUCAGCCAAGCUGAGGGUGGCCAGAUACCUCUGGAUGCCUUCCAGCUUCCAGCCAGAGUGGCCUGUGAGGACAUGUCCAGCCCAGAGCCAGAGCCCACAGAGCUCGUGCCUCCUGCGGAAGGGAAACAGGAGGCCCCCCACAUCCGGGGCAAACGCAUCAAAGUGGAGCCUGGCCCGGGGGAGACAAAAGACCCAGAGGACAGCGAGGACGAGGAGACAGCUGUCCAUCCAGCCCCACCACGGCCGGAGUUCACUUCCGUCAUCCGGGAGGGGUCCCUAAAGCAGGACCUCAUGCGGCCAUGGGGCCUGGUGCCUCCUGGGGACCCUCCACCUUCCGUGCUGCACACAGGCUUCCUGCCCCCUGUUGUGCGGGGCCUGUGCACACCUGGCACCAUCCGCUACGGCCCCACGGAGCUGGGCCUCAUGUACCCGCAUCUGCAGAGGCUGGGCCCGGGCCCCACCCUCCCACAGGCCUUCUACCCAACGCUGGGCCUGCCCUACCCAGGGCCCACAGGCACCAGGAUGCAGCGGAAGGGGGACUGAGGACUGAGAGAGCCACAUACAGAGCUGGACCCUGGGGGAUGGGGACAGAUCACCAAGGGGGCAAGGGACAGGACUCGCAGCUCCAUUGGCGCUCUUUGAGAAUUAAAGUCCUGCUGCCAGUCUGUGGCUCAGUCUCAAGGGACCCUGGAACUCCUCUCUCCUUCCUUCUUAGUUAUCUCCACCUGUCUUCUU